UACUUGUCCAACAAGCAAUAGUCACCAAAUUAAUUACGAUGCCGCGUCCUCUUCUGCCACCAGGGUUCAGAUUUCAUCCCACGGAUGAAGAGCUCAUCACCCAUUAUCUAAAGAAGAAGAUCUCGUCGCCUCUUUCUCCUCUACUCUCUAUUAUCGCCAACAUCGAUCUCUACAAGUUUAAUCCAUGGGAGCUUCCUGGCAAAGCUUUGUUGGGAGAAGAUGAGUGGUUUUUCUUCACACCAAGGGAUCGAAAGUACCCAAAUGGCGUUAGGCCGAACCGGACAGCUGGAUCUGGUUAUUGGAAAGCCACCGGGGCGGACAAACCGAUCCUCAACUCCUCCGGGCUGCAGUGUAUUGGGGUGAAAAAGGCUCUGGUCUUCUACCAAGGUUAUCCUCGCAAGGGCAUGAAAACUGAUUGGAUCAUGCACGAAUACAGGCUUCUUGAUGACAACCACGCCCACCCUAGGAUUAAGGGAUCAAUGCGAGUAAGCUGUUCGAGUUUAUUUUUAUCUGUUUGCCCUAAUUUCGAAACCCUAACUUUUCGGGCGCAAAUAUUAAGAGACCUUUAA